AUGAACAAUUUAAUAUUUUUGAUCAUAGUAUUUCUCAAUAUUCAAAUCUUUGCUUGUAAAAGCUAAUCUUUUGAAAAAAAUCAAAGAAUUUUAAGAGAACUAUCCCAAGGAUAAGACACAUGCUUAUACGUCUUGUUAGAUGCUGGGUCAUCAAGCACGAAAAUCAGACUUUAUUCAUCUGUAUGCAGAUAAACUUCUUAAAUUCCUCAACUUAAAGCUCUUACUCCUUUAGGAUAAGAUGGAAAAGCUUUAUUCGCUGAUAAGAUAUAAAUAAGUGGCAAAAAUGUUGCUCUAACUGCUGUUAAUUUAUAAGAAGCUGACUUCACAAAUUAUUUCAACGUAGCCUUUCAAAUCAUUAGUGAUAUGAAACAGUUCUAUAAAUUUGAUAUCUAGCCAUUCUUGUUUUUAAGAGCUACUGCUGGUCUUAGAUUGCUCACAUAAGAUUAAUAAGAAUCAAUUUUGAAUCUUGUAAGAGUAGUUUUUAGAAAAUAAAGUAGCUUUUAUUUCUUGGAUGAUUCUUGGGCCAGAGUUAUCACUGGAGAAGAAGAAGGUUUGUUCUUAUGGCUUUCAGUUAAUUAUGCAUACUAGAAUAUUAAGCACCAAAGCAUUUAGUAAUUCGACAUUCAAAACACUGCUGCGGUUAUCGAUAUUGGUGGUGCUUCUGCUUAAAUUGCAUUUCAUAGCUCAUCAACUAACAACAAGCUCUUAGAUUUACCUGAAAAAACUAGAGUUUAAAUAUAUUCUCAUACAAUUUUGGGAUAUGGAAAUGACUAAUCAAUAUUAGGUAUGGCUAAUUAUGCUAGCUGCUUCUAAAAAACUGAUGGUUUCACUGUAAAACUUAAUAAUUAAAAUAAUGUUUAAGUUGAUGUAAAUGGUAACUACGAUUUCGUACAAUGCACAAAUACCAUGUUAAAUUUCAUGGGAAUUACAGGUUGUUAAUAUAAAUAGGAUGGUUCAGUAUAGAAUUGUAGCAGCUUUUCGCAAAUUUAGCAACUUACUGGUCAAAAAUAAAUUAUUGGAGCAAGUUCUAUAUAUUUUUCAAAGCUAUCUUUAUCUUAAAAGUUUUAAUCAAUCAAUGAUACAUUCACAUUGAAAGAUUUUAGACAACUAGUUCAAUAGUUUUGCUCUAUGACACUUACAAAUGCAGAUUAUCAAGCUGAUUAAAGGUCGUUUACUAAUUGCAUAUAAAUGAUGUGGGUUAGUACAUUUUUGAUAGAUGGUUUAGGACUUUUAAAUAACUCAGUAACUUCUAUUUAAUAAUACAAUUCAUUUAGUGUAGAUUGGUCUUUGGGGUCUUUAAUUUUCGAUAUCAAUACUAUGUAAUGCGAUUACCUUGAUGUAAACUAAUGCAAUAUCAUUUAAGUAGGCCAAACAAAUACAUAUAAUCACUCUAUAAUAAUCAACUCAUUAUUCUCAAUAAUAAUAUUAUUUUUAAUUAAUUUACUUAUUUGA